AUGGCGGACACUCCAUUGCCGGCGGCCCCACCCACGGACGCCCUCAUCCACGACAUUGCCGCCGCCUACAGCGACGACGUACCCUGCCGCUUCAACACCUUCGUCUCGAAGGAAGAGGCCGCGAGAGCCUAUAAUGUCGUGGCGUCGUGGUUCAUUCGUGUGCAGCAUGACCUGAAGAACUUCGAUGACGUGCAGUCGCUCGCGGAGGGCGAGAUGGUGGUGCUGAAGCCGCGCUUACGCCCGCGCGAGGAGGAGCAGCGCCACCGUCGGGCGCUAUAUCGCCUCACCAUCGCCGAGGCGGACGAGAGCGCGAUGGAGCAGUGGCGCCGCGACCACCCGUAA